AUGGCUGUCACAGGAAAGAAUGAACAUCCUGGCUUCGAGGUGGCCACUGUCCAGGCCUACACCCUGCUGGGACAGUUUCUUCUGAUGCACAAGAACGAAAUGGAGUUUCAGAGAUGGCUCAUUUGUUGUUGUGGUGCCACAGAGCGUGAGGCCCAGGAGAGCACUAUCUGCCUGAAGGAGUGGUGCUCCUGCUUCCUCUGA